AUGUCGUGGCUGAGAUCGGCGGUUCACAAAGCCGUCGAAGUCGGCGGGAAGAACAAUCUCACCCGCACCGUUCGCAAUUACGCCGAUUCCGUCGUCCUCACCGCCGGAAACGCCGUUUCCGAAGGCGCGAAACUCAUCCAAGAUCGCAUCGGAUCGAGGAACGUGAAGAGCUUUAGCCUCGAGGUGAAGCGAUUAGAAGAGGUUUCGGUUUCUUCCAGAGGCGGCGAGAGAGUGCAGUUGUUGAGAAGAUGGCUUGUUGCUCUUAGAGAGGUUGAGAGAAUGUCUUGCGAUUCUCUAGGUCAGAAUCAUCAGCCUAGUUCUGAAGACGCCAAGGAUUCUCCCAAGAAUCUCAGCACCGUAUAUUACGUUGAUCCUGGACUUCCCGGUGAGCCGAUGACUUUUCGAGACGUGUUUCUUCAUAGUGAGGCUCUUGAAGGGAUGGUAUUGUCUAUGAUUCUGGAAGCACCAAAUGAGGAAGAAGUCCAGCUGCUUCUGGAACUGUUUGGGCUCUCUUUGUCAGGAGAGAAGGAAGUUCACGAAGCAGUGAUUCAAAAUGUGCAGGACUUGGCAGUGGUGUUUUCGAAAUACAAGGAUGAAGUGCUGGCAAAGCGCGAGGAACUUUUGCAUUAUGUCCAAGGUGCAAUUGGAGGGCUAAAAAUCAGUGCUGAUCUUGCAAGAUACUGA